AGAUAAAAAAAAGAAAAAACAGGAAGUCAGCUAGUACAAAUUAACAUCAGCCACAAGUAGGAAGUGUAUUUUUUUUAUACAAGUCUCUUAGAGAAACAUGGGCUUUUACUCACUAUGUGGUUCUGUAACUCUCCUUGGGUUUUUCCUCUGUAUAUCAGAGGUAGAGAGCAUGAGGACACUGAACAAUGUAGCUGUAAAAAGUGGAGGAUCUGUCACUAUUCCAUGUCUUUAUGAUGAGAAGUACAAAGCAAACAGUAAAUUCUGGUGCAAAGGGUACAUUUGGCGUAUCUGCAGUAUCGUAGCCUAUGCAAACUCAAGUGGAAAUCCAUCAGUCAUUGAUCAUCCAGAGCAAAAUUUGUUGACGGUGGAACUGAACUCUGUCUCUGAGUCUGGAACGGGUUGGUGUGCUGUAGAAAUUGGGGAUAAAUGGCAGCAGGAUGACCGUGAUUAUUUGUACCUGACGGUUGGUCAAGAUCUGUCAGUGAGGGAGAGCAGAGUGAGAGGUGAGGAAGGAGGCAGCGUCACAGUCCAGUGUCUCUACAGUGCUGCGUAUCAGAAUAAACAGAAGCAGUGGUGCAGAUUUAAAGAUGGACAAUGCAACACAGUGAGGACUGAAACAUCACAGAAUUCAGCAGUGUACAUCAGUGAUGAUGGGAGAAGAUCCUUCAGUGUGAAGAUGAGCAGACUGAAGAAGAGUGAUACUGGAUGGUACUGGUGCAGUGCAGGAGAUCUGCAGGUUCCUGUUCACAUCAGUGUCAGUGAUCCACCUCCAGUCACUACAUCAAUUACUACAACAGUGACUUCAUCAAAGCCAACAGUGCCUACAACAGUGACUACAACAGGGACUACAACUGCUCAUCAAUACAACCCAUACAUAGAGCCAGAGAUGUUCUGUAUCGCAGACAACUGAAGGACGUGAUCUUGGUGACAAUGAGAAUAUAAGCAGCUGGACUACUGCACCUCGCUCCUGGCAGGUCUGCCUCUGAGCACCAUUCCACCUCUACAACUGAUCCUGAAUGCAGCUGCAGGACUUGUUUAAAACCUUCCUACUGUAUGUUCUCCCAAACCACCACAUUGUUAUA